CUCCGUCCGAGUCCUUACCCCGUCUCCCCAAAGCCUUCAAAACUCGAACAGAGAGACAGGAAUACAGAGAGAAACAAAAGCUCUGCUUGGAGGGCAUUUUCGGAAGAAAAAUGAGUCUCCUCUCUCUACUCUCCUUCCUCUUCACAACACUUGUCUACCUGCAAACUGUUUGUGGAAAUGCCGAGCUGAAAUCGCUCCUGGAAGUGAAAGCCGCCUUAGACCCCGUGAACCGGUUCCUUUCGUCCUGGGCCGAGGACGGCGAUCCAUGCAGCGGCACCUUCGAAGGAGUUGCCUGCAACGAACAUGGCAGGGUAGCUAACAUUUCUCUGCAGGGAAAAGGCCUCUACGGCUCCGUUUCUGCCGCCAUUUCCGGCCUGAAAUCCCUCACAGGCCUCUACCUCCAUUACAACUCUCUCUACGGAGAAAUACCCAGAGAAAUCUCGCAUCUUACGGAGCUCUCUGACCUCUAUCUCAAUGUCAAUAACCUCUCUGGAAGCAUCCCUGUAGAAAUCGGCAACAUGGAUAAUCUCCAAGUUUUGCAGCUUUGCUAUAAUCAACUGAGUGGAAAUAUUCCUACCCAGCUGGGCUUCUUGAAGAAGCUGAGCGUUCUCGCGCUUCAAUGUAAUCGAUUGACGGGAGCGAUCCCUGCGAGCUUGGGAGAUUUGAGCAUGUUGAUGAGGGUAGAUUUGAGCUUUAAUCGGCUCUUCGGUUCGAUUCCAGGGAAGCUUGCUGAUGUUCCUCAGCUGGAGGUUUUGGAUGUUAGAAACAAUACUCUGUCUGGCAAUGUUCCUCCUGCUUUGAAGCGACUGAAUGACGGAUUUCAAUUUGGAAACAACUCAGAAUUGUGUGGAGUUGGGUUUUCUACUUUGAGAGCUUGCGCUUAUGUUGCAAAUCCUAACAGACCUGAACCUGGAUCGGCGGGAGAUAUUCCGCAGUCUGCUAAUAUCAACAUGAAUUGCAGGAAAGGCCAUUGCCAAAGUACAUCCAAGACUCCGGCAAUUGCUGUUGUUAUUGGAGUAAUUGCAGUUGUGGUUGGAGGAACUGCAACCGGGCUCUUCGCCUUCUCUUGGUACCGUCGCAGGAAACAGAGGAUCAGUAGCGCGUUCGAUGUUUCUGAUAGCCGGAUUAGCACCGACCAGGCCAAGGAUUUCUACAGGAAGAGCGCAUCUCCCCUCAUCAGUCUUGAGUAUUCAAACGGAUGGGAUCCAUUGGCCGAUGGUCGGAGUGGAGUGGGCUUCCCACAUGAGGUCUUGCAGGAGUACCGAUUCAACUUGGAGGAGGUAGAGUCGGCGACGCAGUACUUCUCAGAGGUGAAUCUGUUGGGGAAGAGCAAUUUUGCCGCUACGUAUAGGGGGAUCCUCAGAGACGGGUCUGCCGUUGCUGUGAAGAGUAUCAAUAAGACGAGCUGUAAGUCGGAGGACGCUGAGUUCUUGAAGGGGCUGAAGAUAUUGACUUCACUGCGACAUGAUAAUAUCGUCGGUUUGAGGGGGUUCUGCUGUUCGAGAGGGAGAGGGGAGUGUUUUCUAAUCUAUGAUUUCGUCGUUAAUGGAAACUUGUCACAGUAUUUUGAUGUUAAGGGUGACAAUGGCAGGGUUCUCGACUGGUCUACGAGAGUUUCAAUCGUCAAUGGCAUUGCCAAAGGCAUUGAAUAUCUACACAGCAACAAAACGAGUAAACCUGCACUCGUUCACCAAAACAUAUCAGCAGAGAAGAUCCUGAUUGACCAGUAUUUCAAUCCCUUGCUCUCUGAUUCCGGUCUGCACAAGCUCUUGGUUGAUGAUGUCGUCUUCUCAACCCUCAAGGCCAGCGCUGCAAUGGGCUACCUGGCCCCUGAAUACACCACCACGGGCCGGUUUACAGAAAAGAGUGAUGUCUAUGCAUUUGGGGUUAUUGUGCUUCAAAUCCUCAGCGGGAAGAGGAGAAUCACUCAUUUGACCAGAGUCACAGCUGAAUCAGGCAAACUGGAGGACCUGAUCGACGGGAACCUUCAUGGGAAGUUCUCCAAUUCAGAGGCGGUGAAGCUGAGAAAGGUCGCAUUGGUUUGUACCAACGAUGCACCUGAUCGGAGGCCCACCAUGGGGAUGGUGAUUGAGGAACUAAGCAAGUGCAGUAGUUUGUAGUUGCUGAUGUUUUCUAUGGCCAUCUCCAUGCUGUUUUGGUUUUAUGUAUCAUGUUACUUGACUAAGAUUCCUUAGCCUGAAAGUGUUUCUCAAGGCAAUGGGCCAGGAGAGGUGGGCCAUCACUAACUACUGAUGCUAGUCUGUUGUUAGUAUUUGAAUUUUAUGAUGGAUUGUGUCCUCUUCUGAGGACUGGAGCUACCUGUGUGUAUGUAUUUUUGGCUGUUUUUGUAACAUGGGACACAUGAUCUCAUCUACUCACGUGAUUUACAAGGAAUAUUGCCAAUCCA